AUGGAUUUAAAGACUGAAAACUCCUCAAAUGGCUUCUCAACACAGAUCAACUUGGAGAAGUUGCAAAAGAUGGCUGCAGAGCUGAUACUGCUGGGAAAAUUCCUUGUGAGACUCCUGAAUGCUGCUCUGGUGUUUGUAACAAACGUGCUGGCCAGGAUGUUAGGGAGCAAGCUGGUGAGAGGACACUUCCACCUGAUGCUGUCUGCGUUGCUGCUGUUUGGUCCUGUGCUCAGCCUCUGGGUGCCAAAGUACAGCAUCUUCGCCAACAGCAACAACUACCUGUACAGGAAGUUCUUGAAGUCUACUUGGGGCUGGACCUGCAUCUUCUCAGGUUCCUUCAUCCUUCUCCUCUCCAUCUCAGCCCGUCACCCCCGCUCCCUCCUCCUGCGCCACCUCUCCCGGAUCGUUGUGGUAGGGCUGCUCUUGUGUGUCUGUCAGCGUCUCCUCACCCUGCUGGAGGACGCAUCAGGAACCUGUUAUGAACCUUUGAAAGGCUCCUCGGUACAGCUGCUCCUGCAUGAAGACUGCACAAAGCUCUCCUGCCUCAGAGCCAAAAUGGUGUGGAGAGGUUACGAAGUGUCCCAGGACGUCCUCAUCGUCUGCUUGUGUUGCCUGCUGCUUGUGGAGGAAAUGUCUGUCUUUGGUCCUUACCUUGCUCAAACAAAGAUGUCGCCAGGAGCCCCUUUGAGGUUAAUCUUCCUCCUGUGUGUAGUCCUUCUCUCUCUAUGGAUGUUCCUGCUUCUGUGUUUGCUUGCACACUUCCCAAAGUUCCCGGCCCAGCAUCUAGGAGGAGCUCUGGGCUACCUGGGAUGGAGGGGCCUCUAUCAGGGGUGGUACAGACUCAAACCCAGCUGGGGCUGUCCUGCUUUGCCGGGAGAGGGGCUUUUUACCACCACGGACAUCCACAAACAGCCUCAGUAG